AUGGAUGCAACUGAUAAAGGCAUUUUAGAAAUCAUUGAAGAAGUCCCUGGAACAAGUACAAGGGUAAUAGCUGUUCAAAUAAAUGUUCCUCACUUAAGGGUUUGUAGGCAUUUGAAAGAUCAGCUGCAUAAACCCUAUCACUUAACAACGGUUCAAGAGUUAUUGGUUGAAGAUUAUCCUAAAAGGAUUGGAUUUUGCGAUUGGUUGUUAAUGGAAUACACUCAAAAUGUUAAUUUUAUUAGAAAUAUUUUGUUUACCGACGAGGCUACUUUCAGUAGAAAUGGAAUAAUAAACCAUUAUAAUGAGCACAUUUGA